GGACGCGGCGCGCGCACGCGCACGGGGGGCCUCCGCCAUGGCGACAGUGCUGUCCAGGGCUCUCAAGCUCCCGGGGAAGAAGAGCCCAGACCUCGGCGAGUACGACCCCCUCACCCAGGCCGACAGUGACGAGAGCGAAGAUGAUCUCGUGCUUAACUUGCAGCAGAAGAACGGAGGGGUCAAAAAUGGGAAAAGUGCCCUGGGAGACCUGCCAGAACCCGACUCGGAUGCGGAUGUGGCUGGGGCCGCAAAGCCACACCUUUCAGAAGUCACGCCGGAGGGUUUCCCCUCGGAACCCCUUGGGGGUCUGGAGCAGAAGGCCACCUCUUCCCUGGUGUCCUACGUGCGCACAUCUGUCUUCCUGCUGACACUGGUGAUCUCCAUGGUUCUGGUACUCCUCUGCGCCUUCCUCAUCCCCUGUCCUCCCAGAGACCUGCAUAGCACUUGGAGCCGGCGCCUGGGCUCCCAAGGAGGCGGGGACCUGUCUCCCCUGGAGUUGGCUGACGUGAAUAGAGAUGGCCUGCGGGACGUGCUUCUCACCUUUGUGACAACCAGGAAUGGGACUGAAGGAGGCGGUGGCUCACAACCGACAGCAGAUCUUGUGUGCCUUUCGGGGAUGAACGGCAGCACACUGUGGUCCAGUCCCCUCCCAGAGGAGGCUCAAGACGUCACAUGCUUAGAUCUGAUACCGGGAAGCGUGGCCAAAACCAUCUGCCUGGUGACGGGGACGCGCAAGAUGCUCAGUGCAUUCAACGCAACAUCAGGGAAAAUCCUCUGGACUCUAAACCCAAACUCUCUGUCCAACGGUACCUUGGCCGCCCCGGUCGUGGUGCUGCCAGACCUGGAUGAAGACGGUGUCCGAGAUCUGGUGGUGCUGGCCAUUGGGGAGUUGCAGCCGGAUCUGUGUUUCCUGCUCGUAUCUGGCCGGACAGGGAGUCCCGUGGGCCGACCUGUGAAGUAUAACAUCGUGGGAGUGGGGAAUCUGAUUGGUCCCCAGGUUUACAUCACCGCCAGUGGAGCAGUCUACAUCCUGUUUGGCUUUGGAAACAUACAAGCCGUCGCCCUGCGGGACAUUUUUGUUCAGGCCCAAAACCGCGACAGCUCACCACCCUCUCUGCAGAUAGAAGAGCCCGAAUGGGAGAAGCACAGAUCUGUCAACCUUUCUGAGCUCAUCGAUGUUUACAGUGAUGGAGUUGAGCUUCUCCAGUUGGUGAAGGCACCAGAUUCCAACAGCAGCAGCCUCCUGAUUACAACCAGACAAGGCCUGGUCCUGCUUAGGGGACAAGACCUUAUGCCUCACUGGAAACUGAAUCUUCAAGGCCUGCGCAGCCAGCCCACUCCUGGGUAUUUCACUGAUGACCAGACAUUGGACUUCCUUCUGCAGACACAAGACGGAGUUGGGAUGAAAAAGAUGACGGUGGUAGACGGCAGCUCUGGCUCCAUUGUCUGGAGUUACAGCGUUCCAUGUCACAUGAAGGAAACCCCAACCACUUCUGCAAUCACUUCAGACCAGAAGUCCGUCUUCCUCUUCUGGGCAGAAGCGCUGACUGCUGUCUCUCUCAGUUCUGACGACAGCUCAGGAGCCGAGCCUCCCGGUCUUUACCACCUUUACCUGCUGCACCCGGCCUUCCCCUCUGUCCUCCUGGACCUGAGCAACACCACUGGCAUAGUGACAGCUGCGGAAGUUGGAGUCAACGACAUCUGGAAAGAUGCCUUUUAUGUCACCAGGACAACCGGGAUGAGCCCCGAAGGACACACUACCUCUCUGGUGGUCAGCAAGCUUAGCCUGCGCUGGGGACUCAUGGAAGGCCAGAUGGUUCAGCUGAAGGAGACCACCCCGAAAAUCGGCCGUGGGGAACUGCGAAGAUUCCUAUCUAGGAUAAAGUUUGUUGAUUCUCCCUACCAGAUGUAGUGCAAUGGAAUUCUUCAGAUUCGGAAGAACUCUCCGGCCCGGCCCCUGUGUCAGUUCCCUCGGGAGGAUGACCUCGGGGCCACGCAGCACUUGAGACCACUGUACUUUGGCAGCCAGUUGGAGCUGUGGGACGUAGCAUGGUCCGCUUAGCUGGGGAGUCUCGCAACCUUCCUGUCCUUGCACUAACCCCUUCUCCUGAGAACUCUGUGUGGAUCAUUUGGAAAUGUGACUUAGAGCUGUUCUAUUUUUAUUUUUUUUGUACCUUUAAUUUAUAAACCCUUGUGGGGAAAUCCAGAGGCCUACGAGCAGGAUAAGUGUUGUUUUGUAUUAGGCCCUGUGUGUGCGUGUGCGUGUGCGUGCGUGCGUGUGUCUGUGUGUCCAAUGUUGUAACAAUUUCUUUUGAGAUACGCCCCAAGCUUCAGGGAUCCCAUUUCUUGACCUCGUGAAGUUCGUCUGGCUCAGCCAUCUUCUGCGUCUGGAUGGCCUAUCUCUGAUCCCGAGGGUCACACACCACUGUUUUCCCUCCGCCUGUACUGUGGUUCCUCUCCAACUCUAGACAGCAGUGAGAAACACUGGACGUUACAAUGGGGCUGGUUAUCCAGUAGGCUCCUCUGUCUCCCAGACUCUCCACCUGUUGAGUGGCCAUGAGAACAGACAUGCUUCUGUCACAGAGGGUAGGGAGGGACUUUCGAAGACUCCUUGUGUCAUGCCCUUUGCACUUAGAUGGCGCUGCAGCUAUGAGCUUCGAUUCUGCAGUAACGGCAGAGGGGUUGCAUGCACACUGUCCUCGGCUUAAAGGUUGGCAGUCCCGCGGCCUUGUCCUGCUGCCGCUCUACCCUCUUGCUCUGAGUCUUCUCUGGGGCAGCUCCAUCUCUUCCCGCAUCCUCUUUCAUUCAGGGAUCUGCUUCUGCUCUGACCCAUGUUCUUCCCUCCUUGUAGAGCGUUGGAGCAUAUUCUGAGUUAGUUCUCAUGUAAAUACUGUAACUUUUUAUAAUAGUCAAGUUCUUCAGAACUAUCGCCAUCCUUUUCUGCCCCUUCUAUGUAAAUGCGUGACCUCUUUUAACUCUUUCAAAUGUCUGUCAUUAUCCGAUAUGUUGUCCGUUCUCAUGGUGGCCAAUGAAAACUUGUUGAGGAAAAAAACAGGUUCUCUCCUCACUUGGGCGUGUGUCUGUUUAGCUUGUGUUAAUAAAGAAAUCCAGGAAACUAGAUUCUAGGUGUAAGGGGCUACUAUGAAUUGCCCACAAUAGGUGUUAUGGGUAACAGAGGUUGGUACCUGGUCCAUCCUGCAGACUGGCCUCACCAGACUUCUUGGUACCUCUGCCAUAAAGGCCAGAAAAACAUAUUUGAAAGUCAUAUGGGACCAGGUUGGCUUUGAGUAGGGGAAACAAUGAAUGGGAUCCUUUACAGUCUGAAGAUGGUUCUAGGUUCAUUUCUAGUAAGUUGAAUUUCUGCCAAUAAAAGGGCUUAGAAUAUAGUUUGUGGACUAGUUUUCAGUGGACCAACAUGUCAAAUGGGUGGUUGUCCUAAGGCCUGGUUGAGCCCCCCUAGGCACAGGGUGUCCUCUGCAGCGAUGUCCAUGGAGAAGCCAGCCAGUGCAGGAAGGGGUACAAAGAUGCCCAGGGGAGACCUGGUGUCGCUGGAGGCUGUUUACGCUGGUUGAGUCUUAGGGGAGAGGAGGCGACACAGAUGCUGUCACUGAAUGUUCCGUGUUCUGGUAAAUAACACCCUAACUUCUCCUUACUAGAAGUGUGAGUCGCUUCCUCACUGAGUGCAAUGGAAACUCUAGGCUUACCUCCUGUUGCAGCUGGUACAGAAAGGUAGCUAAGGGCUGAGAGGGCUUCAUCCGGCCUCCUGUCAAACGCCUCCCUAAACUUCCUCCUCCUCGCAGGCAACGGCUCACCCAGUUAUCCAAGAUAGGAAGUGUUCAAUGUGGCAGCCCGCAGAACCAACCUGAGCACUCCUCGGAAGUAGUGCCCUGUGCAGGGCAAGGGUCUCCCCUCCUCUCGGCUUCCCCUUUCCUUCCUUUGUAAGCCCCCCUCCCCACCCUGCACAACAUCCUCCCCAGCCCCCAAACAUGUGGCGUGGUGACACCAGUUAACCCCAGUAAUGUGAACCUGCUGUCCACGUUACCUGUGUUGAGGAGCAGCCGGGUUUGUUGCCGGAAAGUACCGUUUAACAUGUGAACUGCUACAGAACAAAUAAACGCUGUGUACAGGAAGA